AAAUAUGCCGAAACGAAAGAUCCCUUGUGACGUAGGCAGUGAGCGACCUGUGAGGCUGCUGCAUCGGAAUAGGAAAACCCAAAACAAAAACGAGGAGCUAGAAAAGGAAAAUCAAACACAAGUUAUGAGUAGAGUUUUUAUUAGAUCCUCUAAUUUUCUUCGCCACACGGGUCGCGUUCUUCACACACGCCCCUUCGUUUGUUUCUUUCUUGUUACAGAAUUGCACACACGAACACACACAGAGAGAGAGAUGCAAUCAGUGACGCUAAAUCCAUCAUACAGCAGGCCAGGAGGUCAAGCCCUUGAAGCCUCUUGUUCAUGCUCCUUAACAAACUUGCAUCCUAUCUCCUUCAAGGGUUGGAAUCUCCGUAGAAAUCGAAUUUCAACUAUAGGGAGAAGUUUGUUGGAGCUUAAGGGAUCGUCUCGUUCCCUACGCGUUCGCACGUCUAGGCGCACUGAUGGGCAAGUUAUCAGAGCUGUUGCUACACCAGAUUCAGCAGUGGGAUUGCCACUCACUGCUGAAAAUGUUGACAGUGUAUUAGAUGAAGUGCGACCAUAUCUCAUGGCAGAUGGUGGCAAUGUAGUGUUGCAUGAGAUCGAUGGCAAUGUUGUCAAAUUGAAGCUACAAGGAGCAUGUGGAUCCUGUCCAAGUUCUGUAAUGACAAUGAAGAUGGGUAUAGAACGACGUCUGAUGGAAAAGAUUCCUGAGAUAGUUGCAGUUGAACCAGUUACAGAUGAGGAAACAGGCCUUGAGCUAAAUGAAGAAAACAUAGACAAGGUCCUUGAAGAAAUAAGGCCAUACCUUGCAGGAACAGGGGGUGGAGGUCUUGAGCUAGUUGCAAUUGAAGAGCCCAUUGUGAAAAUCCGAAUCAUGGGGCCAGCAGCAGGUGUCAUGACCGUUCGUGUGGCAGUAACGCAAAAAUUGCGGGAAAAAAUCCCUGCCAUUGCUGCAGUUCAGCUUCUGUAAUACUAGCACUAUGUAUUAGGCUCAGAUUUUCAUGCUAAGUAAAGUGCGUACCGAAAUCUUGUACAAAUCAAUUCUCAUAUUUGGUUACAUUUUGAAGUAUGGAUGCAUCAAUUAUUUAUGUAAUGAAUCUUGAAGAUAUUGGAAAUUCAUGGCCUUCUGUCAACUGUGGUGGUGGGGCUGAUGGCCAUUGAUAUCAAUUAUUUAAGUUUUGAGCCA